GGACAGAUGUUGCCGAUGUGCUCUUGGCGCUCACGACCUCUUGGUCGCAGCCCGUUAUCGACGGGCAAGUCACGGUAGGAGGGUGCCCGAGCGACUUCUUAGAGUGCGGCCGGUUUCUGGCCCAUACUGAAGCCUACGUAAGCGUAGCGACGGGUUAGACCCCCCUUCUGAAGCGCGUCGCGAUAGCGUUAGCAACGUCGACUUUGUAAACAAGAGAGCGGCGUCGUUACGGCGAGUGUCGGCGGCGUACAUCAUGCAGCGGGGCGGAAAACGUGGUCGAGGCGGUCCGGGCCGGGGCCCAGCCCGGGGAAGAGGACGUGGGCGAGAUGACGAGAAUCGGGACACAUCGUUCGCUCAGGCAAUGCAGCAAAGACAGGCCGAGGAGCAACAAAGACAGGCCGAGGAGCAACAAAGACGGGCCGAAGAGCAACAACGGCUGUCACAGCAGCAGCAACAACAAAGGCACAACGUGGUGGUGGUGCCCAGAGGGGACGUGGAAAGCAAGCGCCGGCUGCUGCCGCUGCAGCUCGCGAAGUGGCAGAACCAGCGGGUGCUGUGGCUGCUGGUGAGCCCCUCGACAUGGGUGCUGUAAAGAAGGCAUUGCCCCCCGAGACCGCUGUCGUUCAAAGGCGAACACCAUUCCCACAACGCCCGGAACACGGCAACUUGGGCAGGCGAAUAGACCUGUUUGCAAAUCACUUCGAGAUCUCACUGCCACACGGGGCGGUCUACCACUACGAUGUGACAAUUAUCUCUCCUUCCAAGAAGGAAGAGGAAAAGGCACCCGACCAAAAGAAGCUUCGCUGCCUCAGCACGCGCAUUAAUCGGCUAGUCAUACAGAACCUUGUCGCAAAGUACAGGGGAGAGCUGGACCAGUGUCUUCCAGCCUUUGAUGGGCGGAAGAACCUCUACACGCGCAAAGAGCUGCCUUUCAGAAACCGCAUGUUCAUGGUCCCUUUCCAGGAAGGUGACCGCGAGCAACAGUUUGCAGUCACGAUUCAGUACGCAGCCACAGUGAACCUGGAUGCGCUGCACCAAGUCUACGAGAGGAGAGUGCGCGUUGUGCCUCAAGAGGUGAUACAAGCGCUCGACAUAAUCAUGAGGCACGGACCGUGUGUGACUCUCACACCAGUGGGACGGUCCAUCUUCAUGCCGCCGAGGCCGGACGACAACAGCUCGCUCGGCGGUGGCCACGAGGUGUGGUUUGGCUAUUACACUAGCGUUCGGCCCGCUCAGUGGAAGCCCAUGCUGAAUGUCGACCGCUCUGCCACGGCAUUUUACGAGGCCAUCCCGGUGGUGGAGUUCAUGUCCAAGCUGCUCUCAGAGGCUCCGGAAUCCCUCAGGAAACUCUCCGCGUCGCAAUGCACAAAGCUCUCAAAAGAACUAAAGGAUCUGAAAGUGCGCGUUCUGCACUUGACCUAUCCUCGCAAGUACAAAGUUGCAAAGGUGACGCAGCUCUCGGCGCAGGAGCUGAAGUUCGAACUGGACGGUGGCGUGAAAACGACCGUGGCAGAGUACUUCCGCCAGAAGUACCCGAAGUACAUGCGCUUCCCGCACUUGCCCUGCAUCCAGGCUGGCACGCCGGCCCGUCCAGUCUACCUGCCGCUUGAGGCCUGCCACAUUGUGGAAGCGCAGCCGUACCGAAAGAAACUCAGCGAGACCAUGACUUCGGAGAUGAUAAAGCGCACUGCACAACCGCCAGUGCAGAGAUUCAGAUCCAUCCAGCACUCUGUGAACGACCUGGUCAACAAGAGCCAGCCGUACUUGGACGAAUUUGGCAUUACGGUUAACACCAAGCCUACAAGGCUUCAGGGGAGGGUGCUGAACCCACCAUCCCUCGUGUUUGGAGGCCAGCAGACGCUGCAACCUAAGGAUGGCGUGUGGGACCUGCGUAACAGUAGGCUUCUAUCUGCCAUGCCCAUUGACAAGUGGGCCCUGCUGGGUGUCAACUGCCGCCUAGAUAAGCAGGCAGUCGGUAACAUGGUGCGCAUGUUCAAGGACGUUGGCGGCAAACUCGGCAUGGCAGUCAAGGACCCCCUCGAAGUGAACAGCGUUUACACGGACCGGGCGCCCAUUGUGAAAGUAUUAGAAGACCUCAAAAAAAGGCUAGGCGUAGACCUAGUCGUCGUCGUGCUUGGACGCCAGGCGUCCUACGCGGACAUUAAGGAGGCGGCAGAGGUGAAGUUGGGAAUUCGCACGCAGUGCAUCAAGGAGCUGAACAUGACGCGCAAGUGCACUGCUCCGCUCAUCACCAACCUCUGCCUCAAGAUCAAUGCCAAACUCGGUGGCACCAACAACGGCCUUCUCGCCGCAGAAAAGCCAGAGAUUUUCAAGCAGCCGGUCAUCAUCAUAGGGGCUGACGUGACACACCCGGCACCAGGCGAUAGGGUCAAGCCAUCCAUUGCUGCCUGUGUCGGGAGCAUGGACCCAAUCCCAGCACGAUACAGGGCCUCGAUUCGAGUGCAGAUCCAAAUGGAAGAAGCUGUUGCUCGUGUUGAGAUUAUUGAAGACUUGAAGGAAAUGGUCAAGGACCUGCUCAAGGCUUUCUACCACGAGACUCGGCAAAAGCCCCUGCGCAUCAUCUUCUAUCGGGACGGGGUCAGCGAAGGCCAGUUUGCCGCCGUGCGCGAUGAGGAGCUGUCCGCCAUCCGGAAAGCCUGCCUGGAGCUCAGCCCUGACGGCUCGUACAAGCCUCCUGUCACGUUCAUUGUUGUGCAGAAGCGCCACCACACCCGUUUCAUGCCAGCAAACGAGUACGAGGGCGUCGGCCGUGCGAAAAACAUUCCUCCGGGCACCACCGUGGACACAGUGGUCACUCACCCCGUGGACUUCGACUUCUUUCUCUGCAGCCACGCUGGCAUACAGGGCACGAGCAAGCCCGCACAUUACUAUGUCGUCCACGACGAUGCUAAUUUUACUUCGAACGACCUCCAGAAGUUGAGCUACUACUUGUGCCACACGUACGCUCGUUGCGCUCGCAGCGUGAGCAUUCCGGCACCUGUCUACUACGCUCACCUGGCCGCGUUCCGUGCUAAAGAGCACAUUGCUAGUGCCUGCAACAUCUCGAGUGCAAGCAGCGUUAGCUCCAGUGGAUCUGACACCCUCUCUACCGAACAGUACGUGAGCGCGGUCAAAGUAACAGAAGCCAUGCAGAGAAACAUGUACUUCGUGUAAAUUCUCUGUAAACGGAGAGCUGCUUUUAUGUGACGUUUUAAUGCUCAAUAAAUGGUCUU